AUGGCAUCCUCGUCGCGAAAUAGUGAGCACCGCUCCAUCCACCAAGACUUCAUUGCGCGGAUCCGAUUUUCCAACGCGCUGCCUCCGCCGCCUAAUCCUCCGAAGCUGCUUGAUAUCCCUAAUACGGGUCUCGCAAGUGGCCAGUACACCGCGCCCGGUUUUGCUUCGAGGCUGGCCAGAGAGCAGCCACUGAACAUUGAGGCCGAUGCAGAGCUUGGAAUGCCCUUGGACUUGGUGGGUAUGCCUGGCAUCUUCGACGGCGAUGAGAGCUCUAUCCAAGCACCUACGCAGCCACCGCGAGUCCACCCACACGAUGCGGCUCUCCUGAAGCCAUUACAUACUCUCGGCAAGCCCAAGAUUGGAGAAGCUGCCGUUUCCUUCCUGCGACGUACCGAGUACAUUUCUUCCGUCACAACCAAAUCUUCACAGUCUGCCACGCCCUUGCGUGGCUUCACUGCUCCUAUAAAGCGUCUGGUGAAGCGCAAGUCGCCCGAGCCCGACAUUGAUUCGCCCGCAUACGUAAAGAGAAAGAUUGAUCAGAGCUUCACCAUCACCGAGCAGAACCUGAAAGACCGAAACCGCGUCAAGCACCCGUCCAAGAAGAACCUCAAGCUUGUCGAAUCCUACCCUCUGCUGCCGGACCCUGAAGCCUGGCCCGACUCUGGUACCUACGUGACCAUGAAGUUUACCCACAACCCGGUGCCCGGCAAGGGCAGCUACGACACACGCAUGCUAAACGGCAUCUUCAGACCUCUUAAUAGGAGCCAGGAGGAGGAGGACCUCCUGGACGCAGCCAUGGAGGCGUGGAAGAUCGAUCCCGUCAACAACCCCAAGCCUGACAUGUCCAUGAGCUACGAUUUCUACCUCGCCGAAAGCGGCACGAGCGCCGAGAAGUUUCGCAAGCGCUUUGACAUGGACAACCCCGAGCGCGACAACGACUCUCUAUACACCAGCAACCGCUCAUCGGGCCCUUGCUUCCAGUUUAGCCGCCUGCGCGCGUACGAGACGGCGCAGGAGUCGGAACUUGACCACAGCUCCAAGUACGACGAGGAGCUUAUCCUUGGCUUUAAUGAUAACGAAACGGCCCUGCACCAGAAGGCCGCGUAUUUCUACCCCGUCAUGCAGCGCAGCACGAUCCGGCCGCAACGCACAAAGAACAUCGCUCGUACGAUAGGCAUGGCGAAUGACGAUGAGAAGAUCAUUGAGCAGCUCGACGUCAAGGUGGAUGACCCGACUGAGGAAGUCCUGGCCGAUAUGGAAAGGUUUAAAGAAGACCCAUACGGACUCACCAUCGAGCCGCCUCAAGAGGAGGACGGGAUGGCGGAAGAUGGUGAGCACCAUGAGAAUGGGGAUGCGGAGGCGAAUGGACUGUCACAGCGCCACACCCCUGAUUCAGAGGAAGAUGUUGAUGCCGAGGGCGAUGAGGAU